AUGACAUCAGGGAUGUCAGCAAGUAGGUCUUCUACGAUAAAAGUUCGGCGAGACAUGUCAUCAUUGGUUACAACGAUGCAAGUCAUGAUCUUUGCUAGUAGUGUGACCUCUGUCGAGAUGUUGGACCUGCAUGAGAUAGAACAUGAUGGUUCUUGGUUCUUGCUCAUCAUGACUCUUAAAAGAAAUUAUCCGUCUGGAUUCGCAAAAAGGAAAAAGAAGCAAAGAGUCGAAAAAUUAGUCGAGUGUCAAAGAGGAGCUAUUGAUAAAUUCUUUACAAGUGACAAACAAAUAGAACAAUCAGUUGAAGACUUGAAUAGUGAAGAAUUUGAAACUUUGGUGAAUAAUAAGAAUAAAAAUUUGGUGGAUAAUGAGAAUGAAAAUUUGGUGGAUGAAGAAGGAAAUGGGGAAUUUGGGAGUGCCGAAGCCAAUCAAGAUGAUGAGAUGAAUACGGAAUGUGAGCAUUCAAAUAUAGAUGAUCCAGGGACUUGGAAAAUAAUUGAUCAGAAUUUACGAGAUCUUUUAGUCGAAAGAGGUCCCAUGAGAAGAAAUUGUGAGUUCAACUUCCCUAAGGAUGAUUCUUCUAGGCAUAGGCAUUUCUCACCUUUGUUUAAGCAAGAGGGAAAUAAGACUCAAUUGGCUACCAAAGGAUUUAAAGACUGGAGAAAUAUUGGUGAGAGACUUAAAGGCCAUGAAAGUGGUAACGAGCACAUUACUUGCAUGAGCAAAUGGAUUGAGUUGGAGGAAAGAUUGGAAAAGCAUCAAACAAUAGAUAAAAGUAUGCAAGAACAAGUUAACAAAGAAAAAGAGCACUUGAGACGGGUUUUAUUGAUGAUAAUUGCAGUUGUGAAGACGCUUUCCAAGAAUAAUUUGCCUUUUCGUGGAAGCCAUGAGAAGAUUUAUGAAGAGAGCAAUGGACUUUUUUUAAGCAUAAUUGAAAUGAUUGGCGAGUUUGAUCCAACGAUGGAACAACACUUGCGGCGGAUAGAAAAGGGUGAGAUUCAUUACCAUUAUCUGAGUCAUAAAAUUCAAAAUGAGGUCAUACAAAUGUUAAUCAAACUAGCAAAAUACUUUUCGGUCAUACUUGAUUCAACAUCGGAUAUAAGCCAUCAAGAACAAAUGUCUCUUGUCAUACGAUGUGUGGAUGUUUCAACAAGUCCAAUUAAAGUGAAAGAGUUUUUCUUGGAAUUCUUGAAUGUAGAUGAUACAUCGGGGAUGAGAAUUUUUGAUAAACUUCAAGAAGCAUUAGUUAACCUUCAACUUGAUAUUGGUGACUUAAGAGGGCAAGGAUAUGACAAUGGCUCUAACAUGAAAGGCAAAAACAAAGGUGUUCAAACAAGAGUAUUUCAAGGUGAAGGAGCUGUAGCUGUUCUUCUCCGCAAUGAUCAAGGGCAGCUUAUGGAUGUCACGGCCUUUAGAGUUAGAUUGAGUUCGGUGGCUCAAGGUGAAGCCAUUGCGUUCGUCAAGCUCUUCCUCAGCCUCCAAAAGGUUUCUGUCAGUCUUUCUUUCCUAGCAAAGACUUGA